UCUUCCGAACUUACCCCCAAGCCCAAGGCCUAGAGGCUUCGUACCUUAAAGUAGAUCUCGUCCACCACCUCGUGGUAGGUCUUGAGCUCGUAGAGCUGAACUUUGAAGUAAGGCGACGACAAGAUGUUGGUCAGGAUCAUGGGGUUGAGGUUCAUGGUCUUCUCGUUGCCCCACAGCGGCAGCACAUUGCCCUGCUUGCCCGAGACCGCCGGCUUGGUGGCGCCGGCGCCACCGCCGCACUGCUGCUGCUGCUGGGCCGCGGCUGCGGCUGCCUGGUGCUGCGGCUGCGAGUUGCCUGUCAGCGCGGGGCUGUUGUUAGCCAUGUUGCGACGGAAGGAAGGAGGGAGGGAGAAGGGAGGGGGGAGGGGGCCAAGCUCGAUCUCGCUCUUCGGGACAACGGUCCGGGACCCUACUCCAUGGAAUGCCGUCAGAAGAGGGGGCCGCCUCGCUGUGCCCCAGUCAGGCGAGGGAAGGCAACCCGGACCCCGAAAAUGGACCCCGGGACGAGACAGACGCCGAGACGCGGGCUGCGAGAACUCCAGGAAGAAGGCAAGCCGGCGGCCAGGGAGCGCGAUCUCUUCCGCCAACUGCCCCUGGGAACAAGAUGGCGGGCUCAGCGGAUGUGACGUCAUACGCCCAGCGUUCCAAGAUGUUUUCUGACCAACUUUACCAGCCUAGCAGUCACCUAAAUCCGUCCUGCAAAUAACUGUUCUGGGAUCAGAGCAGCGGCUCAUUUUGCAGUGGAUGCCGGCAGGCUCGCGCUGAGGCCGGCUGCUCCGGUAGCAACUUUCCAUUGGCCAGGACUGUUUUCAGGUCUUUGGGACACACCGAGAGCCUAGCACCGGGAGCGCCACGAACCGAACAGCCGCCCAAGUUGGUCAUUCUGCUCCCGGCCUGCGGACGAGCUCAAUGCAGCGCUCUCUCCAUCCAACAGUCACGGGACCCGGCCGAGGCGGACCGCAGCUGCGCGAGCUCCGGAUGCAGCGGGGCGGAGGUCGUAGGUGCCCCGCAGGGUUCGGAUGAGGUCCUUGAAAAUAGCUUCGGGGCAUGCGCCACUGCGGCCGUUAAAAGACCCAAAACCGACGCCUGGGAAUCGGGAGCAUGGUGGGAUGGGGCAGGCGCACUGUGGAGCUUCGGACGCCGGGACGGAUCCCAAGAACCAGUACAGACACCGAGAGUACACAACUCCGACGAGCACCACCGGAGAACCGGAGGCGCAGGUGUGAGGUGCUCAGGUGUGGCCGCAGGCGGGUAACGUCACGUAGCGAGGCUGCGCGUGCGCGGCGUCGGGGGCGGGGCCUGGAGUUAAGUACGACUGCGGCUCUGCUUAUCCGCUCAGUCCUCUGCGCUUUGCUUUCCAGCUUGAUGUGCUUCCUACUCGAAGGGUUUUGGCUGGGCGGUGGCGCAUACCUGUAAUCUCAGUUACUUACCUGAGACGGGAGAAUCGCAAGUUCCAGGCUGGACUCCGCAAUUUAGCAAGACCCGUCUCAAAAGCUGAGUUGCUGCUGAUCCUCAGAUACAGAACUUAAAUGAUAUAUCUGUUUUUUCUCCACAAAACCUGGAAACAAGAUGGAAGAAAUGAAUGGACAGUGCAAUAGUGUGGUUGAUGGUAAUUUUGAAGAAGUUUGCCCUGAGAAAGUAAUUAAGUUUAAACCUCCAUUAUACAAACAACGAUAUCAGUUUGUUAGAGAUUUUGUGGAUCAACAUAAACCCAAGAAGGUUGCAGACCUGGGAUGUGGUGAUACAGAGCUCCUAAGGCUGCUAAAAAUCUACCCAUGUAUUCAACGGCUUGUUGGAGUAGAUAUUGAUAAGGAAAAAUUACAGUCGAAUGGACAUCAGCUGUCUCCCUAUUUGGGGGAGUUUGUAAAGCCUCGAGAUCUGGAUUUGACCGUUAUCUUAUAUCAUGGCUCUGUUGUGGAGAGAGAUUCUCGUUUGCUUGGAUUUGACUUGAUAACAUGCAUUGAACUAAUAGAACAUUUGGAUUCAGAUGAUCUGGCCAGAUUUCCCGAAGUGGUAUUUGGGUACCUAUCUCCAGCCAUGAUUGUCAUCAGCACACCAAACUCUGAAUUCAACCCCCUGUUUCCCACAGUGACCCUAAGAGAUGCAGAUCAUAAAUUUGAGUGGAAUAGAAUGGAGUUUCAGUCCUGGGCUUUACAAGUGGCAAAUCGUUAUCAUUACUCUGUGGAGUUUACUGGGGUAGGGGAACCACCUGCUGGAGCUGAGCAUGUUGGAUAUUGUACCCAGAUAGGUGUCUUCCAGAAAAAUAGUGGGAAGGCAACAGAAUUGUGCUUUUCAGAGCAGCAUGAUCAACACGUUUAUGAAACUGUUUAUAAGACCUCCUACCCAAGUUUGCAACAGGAGAAGAUGCUCAAAUUUGUAUUGGUUGGGGAAGUGUUGAUACUAGUGGAACGACUGAGAUUGAGACAGCAGCGAGUGCUGCGAGAACAGAAGGACUCAGGCACUAACCCAGGCAGCACUGACUCUUUGGGGGCCCCUCAGAUAGUGUUGGGAGCAGUCUUCACAGAGGCUGAAGAAGCCAGGAUAGAGAAUUCUCCAAAACCCUUCUGUGAAGGAGAUAAGUUUUUUGUACCCCUGCAAAGACUCCUUGCUUAUCCCAAAGUGCACCGCUUACGUGUGGACGAAGAGAGGAUGAGAUCACUCAUUGCUGGCUCGGUGCAGCUGAGCAUCGACGGUUCUGCAGUCGUGGACGACCUGUAUAAAUCUUGGGAUUAUCGGUUUGAAGAUUAUUGAUCCAUCUACAUUUCCUGAAGUUCAAGGACUCCGUGAUAGUUGGGCUGACUUAGAAUUUAAACUUUGCGUUGUCAUGAUUCAAGUAACUUUUAAAAAGUUUUAACACGAGACAUUCCUAAACUGGUGGAUAGAUGCCUGACAUGUAGGCCAGACUGCUCUCUACCUGAGAAAGGUUUUAGGGUUUAACUAAAAGCAGUGUGCUUUCCUUUUUAAGUUGGAAUUUUUCUUUGUGUUCUCAAGAAUGAAGAAAUUGGAUAUGGUAAUGUACUAAUUUUGAACUUACCCAUAUUUUGGUGUUAGAGCCAUGUG